AUUGAUCGUGAGGUAAAGAGCUCCUCGUCAGUGUCCGCGCCAUCCACCCAAGGCUUGUUCAGAAGGAAGUUCUGGCCAAAGACGCCGACAUGUCUGAAACGACUCAACCGCCAUCGCAGGCGACACAAUCGCCUCACUCAACGCACAUAGAGGCUGCCCCCCUACUACAAGCUGCGCCCCUGACGACUGUGCAGAUCCCUACCCGUGACUCGCUUACGUCGCUGCGGUCGAGCAUUCGCGAGUACCAACAUGAGAAUGGCCGCACAUACCAUUCCAUGAGCGCUGGCAAAUACUUUCUGCCGAAUGAUGAUCACUAUGUGAUGACCAUGACCAUAGGAGGCAAUCACUGCCUCUGCCCUAAAAACAACGGAGCGACACGUGUGCUGGACCUCGGGACAGGCACAGGUAUCUGGGCCAUGGAGUUCGCCGACGCUCACCCAGGCGCUGAGGUUAUCGGAGUCGACCUGAGCCCUGUACAGCCCGAUCUUGUGCCACCAAACUGCCACUUUGAGCUCGACGAUCUCGAAAAGGAUUGGACGUGGUCGAAACCUUUCGAUUUUAUUUUCUGUCGUAUGAUGACCGGCAGUUUCGUUAAUAACGAGAAUAUCGUCCAGAAGGCUUACGACUCGCUUGAACCGGGUGGUUACUUCGAGGCCCAGGAUAUGGCGCUGCCACUUGGUUGCGAUGAUGGCACUCUUGCCGAGGAUUCUGACCUCUGGAAGUGGGUUCUACUCGUCAUGGAGGGCAUGGAGAAAUUUGGACGGCCUGUUUCGGCAGCUCAGGAAUGGAAGACACUCAUGGAGCGUGUCGGCUUUGAGGACGUUGUCGAAACCGUGUACAAGUGGCCCACCAACAGGUGGCCUCGUGACAAGCAUUACAAGGAAAUUGGCACGUGGGCGUUUGCCAACAUGGACCAGGCACUCGAGCCCUCGACCAUGGUGCCUUUGACGCGCGCACUGGGCUGGACCUACGAGGAGGUACUUGUGCUGGUCAGCAAAGCACGCAAGGUCUUGAAAGAUCCCAGCGUUCAUGCGUACUGGCCCAUCUACAUGGUCCAUGGUCGAAAACCGCUGAACGGCGACGACGUAUGA